AUGAUGGGCUAUUCAAUUGAGCAAAAUUCUUUUGUCAGCACGUGAUAUAAAGUAGACCUAGACGAUCCUAAAUAUGAUUGAUCCGAAGUCUCUAUUGAAGAAGACCCUGAUGGGUACUUAGCAAUUGAUAGCUAUGGUUUCACAUUUUUUAACGAAGCUUUAUACAUUUUUGGAGGUGACCAAAGGCCUCCUGUAAUAAACCGUUUGGUUAAAUUUGACUUGUCAGUUUUUCCAUUUAAAUUUGAAGUUUAUGACAGCGACUAUUCACCAACCCCAAGAAUGUAUCAUUCAAUGCAGCCUGUAGGGCCUAAUUUAUACUUAUUUGGCGGUCUAGGUGAUAAUGGAGCAGCUUAUAACGAUUUUUGGGCUUUUAAUGUUAUGAAAGAAAAAUGAAGCCUAAUAAGUCCUGAAGGCUCAGUCCCUUCUAAAAGGUACGGAUAUGCCUCAUCUGUAAGCGCUGAUGUCAUGCUUGUAUGAGGCGGAUAUGGAAAUGAAGGGUAUUUAAAUGAUGGCUAUUUAUAUGAUAUCAGCUCAGGAAAAUGGUCUGCGCUAGAAUAUACUGGAACAGCGCCCGCUCCAAGGGUAGGGGCAUGUGCUGGGCUAAGUGGCUGGCUGAUUUUUAUAUACGGUGGAAAAACUGAAGCAGGGCUAUCUGAUGAGCUAUGGACUUAUGACAUUACAACCCAAAAAUACAAUUUAAUUAAUAGUGGUGACAAUGAAGGCCCAGGGCCGGUUUGGUUCGCAACUUGUAGAGUCUCUACAUCUCAAAGCAGUUUUUUGUGGGUUCUUUAUGGGGAAGCAAAAGAUGACACCCCGACUAAUCAAGUUUAUGGAUAUGACGCAGACCAUAAUAUAUGAUGAGAAUACAACGAUGAACCAUCAGACACUACUUAUAGCAGAAGUCGAGCAGCAGUAUGCAAGCCCUUACAAAGAAUUCUUGUUGCGGGAGGCGAAACAUAUGGUCUCUUUCCCAACUCAGACAUUUUUUACUAUUCUACUGAAGAUUUUGAGUUUACCAUGCUUGGAAAUAUAACUGACUCAUUUUUUGCUUCUGCUAAUGCAUAUUUUCAAAAUUAUUUUUAUAUACAUGGAGGAGGGACUUCAGCUUCUAGCCUGCUAAGAUUCAGUGUGCCUAGUAAUAUAUUUUUAAGACUCCCUAUGUGGUCGUUUUGCACUGAUAAUACAACUUGCAAUUUUGCAUGCAGCUAUGGGAGCUAUAGGACUUCUUCUAACUGUGAAAUUUGUCCAUUGGGGACGUAUUCAGAUGAGUUCAAUAUGACUGAGUGCAAGAAAUGCCCUGAAGGAAAAUAUGGCCCACACUAUGGAGCGACAAGUCUGGAUAUGUGCUAUCCAUGCCCUGAAGGAGAAUACAAUAAUCAAAAAGGUCAAGGCCAUUGCUUGGAUUGUCCUCAUACGUCAACAUGCAGAGCAGGAAGCAAAACUUCUGAUUAUAAUUCUUAUUAUUACCAUGACUCAUAUAUUCAGCCUCCAAUUUAUUCUGCUGAUGCAGGAGAAGCAAGAAGAAAUAAUUUGAUUAUUGAGGUGGUUGUAGGGGUUGUAGGUUUAAUAGUUAUCAUUGUGAUGGUAUUAUUAAGAAAAGUAGAAACAUUUUUAUUUUAUUUUGAUAUAUAUUCAGAUAAACACAACCAUUUUAUAGGUAAGCCAAUGUAUUUAAAACGAACAAAACUAGGAGGGGUUUUUGGAAUGGCUUUUAUAUUCUUAGCAAUUAUUAUCAUUGGGGUGGAAAUCGUAAAUUAUGUCUUAAAUAACGUUUACGAAACAAAAAGCCUAGUCCCGCUUGUAGUGCUCGAGCAAGAUACCCCAAAAGUAAUUUUUAAGCAGUUUGAAGCUGAAUUUUUAAUAACAAUUACACUGAUGAAUUAUGGAGGGGCAUGUGUUGAUGGUCCUUGCGCAUCCAGUAAGAUUUAUUCUGAUAUAACUGGAAUUACAGGAAACUGAACAACGUCAUAUUGCAAAGAAGAAGAAAAUGGAGACUGUGUGAUUUCUACUUUAUGCAUUAAAUGCUCAGUUACUAACUCUCCCAUUACUGGCGAGUCCAUCUAUUAGCAAAAUCAUCUUUUUGGGAAAAAAUAAUUCAUUAGCAAAAAUUAUAUUUUUAAUAUUUUUUUUGUUAAAAUAUUUUAGCAUAUAAUUAAACAAGGUCUCCAAUUAUUAUAUUUAAUUUUAGAACUUUUCUUUCAAACGUACAUUUUGAAAUUAGACUUUAAUUUUAAAUUUGAGUAUUUUAAAAGAAAAUAGAUUUAAAUAUAAUUUUAAUUAAAUUAAAAGUGAUAGCUCGAUGUUAGAGAGCAAAAUAUUCACUUGCUAGCUAAGAAAAAGAGUAAGCAAGGGAAAUUCACUAUUACAAUGGACGAUACAAGUGGGUAUACAUCAGGCUAUGUGGUAAAUUUAACAGCUUCUUCCUCUAUACCACGCAAAUAUAGCAGCUAUAAGACUUACGUUUUACCUGAUGACAAUUAUGUAUUUAUAGGAAGUGACCCAACCAGGAUUUAUUAUGACAUAAUCCCAUCAGUAAUCGAUAUUUAGUAUUAUGAAGACACCGAAGAAACUGGCAACCAUACAGGAUAUCAUGUUUCUUUAGAAAAAGCAACCCAUCAAGGAUCGCGAUUUAAACCAUAUGAGUGAAUUUUAUUUAGGCUUGGACUGGCAUAUAUUAACUAUUUAAUUAUAUUUUUUGAUGUCGACGGUAAUGGCCUUGUAACUACUCGUUAUUACAGGCAAACAUGAAUUCUAUUAUUAACAGCACUUUUGGGCUCGAUAUUUGGAAUUUUGGGGACGAUUGGAGGUCUAAUGAAGUUCGCGGAAAAAAAUGUGUAUGUCCUUCACAAGAGAAAAAAACAUAAAAAAUACUUGGAACAAUUAGAAAAAAAUUUUAAAAUCAUUAAAAAACUGAGAAAGUACCCAGAUUUUAAAACUUAUAUAGGUGAAGAAUCUCCAAGGUCGAGCCGGACAGCAAAUGAAGCAUCGGAAAAAGAUAAAUUGAACGCAGAAAUAUAG